AUGUGGGAAGAAUCCACGCGGGGGGGACGGGAGGGGCAGCCGGACGAGUCCCCCCGGUCAAAAGAGCAAGACCGGUACGGCGAAGGCGGCGAUAACAGGACGUCGGCCGCGGCCGCGGCGAGGAAGAGCGCGGACAAGAUCAGAUGCCUCGAUGGCCUCCGCGGAGUUGCCUGCCUCCUCGUCUUCAACUACCACUUCCUGUGGCCGUGGACGCCUGCCAUUAUGCUUGGCUACGGGGCCAUGCCCCCCGGGUCCCCCGAGCCCUACUUCGAGCGGUCAUCCUUGCCCAUUCUGUGUCUUCUGCAGCGCGGACGCCCAAUGGUGGCCAUCUUCUUUGCUAUUUCGGGCUAUGUCCUUUGCCGCCACAUCCUGAGGGCCAUCCACGAGCGACGCCUCGAGGCCGCGUACCAGGGUCUCGCGUCCUCCGUCUUCCGACGUGUGUUCCGCCUGUACAUCCCCCCCACCAUCAGCAUGUUCCUGGUGGCCGUGCUCGCCCAGAUGGGCGCCUUCCGCUCCGAGCAUGACAUCUACAAGGGCCCCGACUCGAGAUACAUCAACGGCACUGUGACGGUGGCUCAUCUCAACAAGACCUGUGCCAACGGGACGCAUGCAGUCGAGGGAGCCCUCGGCAUCGCGAGGUACAUGGGGCUGACGACCCCGGCGUUCUUGGGUAAUGUCACGAACAACGAGACCAGCACACUCUGCGUGAACGCCACAUCCCGGCUCUUCAUGCCCCCGAUGUUGUAUCGGCUGGCCGACGACAUCGCGGCAAAGGCCAAGGCGGCGAAUGAAACCAAAGGACUGAACGGGACGGUCAUCAACAUCACCAUGACGGACGCGCCCACGAUGUCCUAUCACGACCUCCUCCACUUGAACGCCAAGCCCGUGGUCCUGGACGAUAACAAGACCCCGCCCAACGCCACCGAACCGCCGCAAUUCUCUUGGGUCCAGCUCGGCGGCUCGUGGGAAGAGCACCCGUUGAUCCACGACAACAUCACCUACGCCCUCUCAAACUUCACAAGGGCCUACGUCGAGUGGGCCAACCCGUUCAACUUCGGCCACUACCACACCCGCUACGACCCCCACACCUUCACGAUUCCAAUGGAGCUCCGCGGCUCCAUGUUCAUCUACCUCUUCCUCAUGGGCACCGCGGCCCUGAAGGCCAAGUGGCGCUUCCGCCUCGGCAGCCUCCUCUCCGCCUACAGCCUCAUCUUUGGACGGUGGGACAUGGCCAUCUUCAUGGGCGGCUUGCUGCUCUCGGAGGCGGACAUCAGGCGGGCCGACGACCGGGGGCUAGCACCGCCGGCGACGAGCAGCAGCAGCAGCAGCAGGAACGGCCGCCAAACCGGCCCCGGACAAUCGGCGCUGAGCUCCGGCGGGGCCCGCUGGGCCGUCCUCUUCGUCGCCCUCUACCUCCUCUCGUACCCCGACGCCGGCGCCGAGUGGACGCCGGGUUUCGCGUUCCUGUCGUCCCUCGUGCCGAGGUACUACAUCCCGCUGUCGGGCUGGAUGUUCUACCAGGCGAUGGGGGCCCUCCUGCUGCUCCCUUGCGUCCUGCACAGCCCGCUGCUCCGCGGCCUCCUCGAGGCGCGUGUCGCGCAGUACCUCGGCAAGAUCAGCUUCUCCUUCUACCUCGUCCACGGCCCCGUGCUGCACAGCCUGGGCUUCUGGAUCAUGCCGAGGCUCUUCGAGCAGCUCGGCCGGAACGCGGGGCUCGUCGUCGGCUGGGUCAUCCUGCUGGGCGUUUCGCUGUAUCUAUCGGACUGGUGGUACAGGAAGAUUGAUGCCUGGAGUGCCACUGUCGGGAGGAAGGUAGAGAAGAUGAUGAAGGACUGA